UGGUGGACAAGAACAGGCAUGUAAUCAAGUUUUGAUUUUAAAGCUUCUGGUAACAGGUGGGUUUUCUGGAUUUUCAAGUCCAGAGCUUCUUCUCCAGCAUUUCAUCCACUGUCCCAACCAGAUCAAACAGAUUCAUUCCCUUCUUAUCACCCGCGGCUCUCUCCUCAACCACACUUCUUCAUGGAACACCGUUCUCAUUUACAACACUCUCAUUUGAUCUUAUCUCUCUACGGGACUCUCUCGUACUUCUUUACUACUUUUCACCCGCAUGAUUUCACAGGGACUUUCACCAAACCAUCUCACUUUCCCAUCUCUAAUCAAAGCUGCUUCUUGCUCUCCCUCAUCUGGCCCAAUUCUCCAUGCUCAUGCUCUCAAAUGGGGUGUUUUAUGCGACCCAUUUGUGCAAACUUCAUCCGUGAGUGUGGACUCCGAAGUGUGUGACAUACGCACUGCACGUAAGAUGUUUGUGGAAAUUCCUCAUCCAUGUAUUGUAGCGUGUAAUGCUUUACUUGACGCUUUUGGGAGGAAUGGACACAUGGGUUCUGCGAGGAAUGGAGACAUGGGUUCUGCUUUUCUGUAUUUCCAGAGCAUGCCCGAGAAGGAUGUGGUUUCAUGGGCGAGUGUUAUUAAUGGGUUCGUGAUGAAUGGACUUGAUGCAUUGCGGAUUUUUGCAAAGAUGAUGGAUCACGAGGAUGUGGUCCGCGGUUCCGUGAAGCCUAAUGAGGCUACAUUUGUUACUGUGCUGUCUUCUUGUGCUAAUUUAGAUGGAACUGGUCUUUAUCAAGGGAAGCAGAUACAUGGAUAUGUUGUUAAGAAUGGGUUCAGUUUGAGCGCUGUCGUGGGGGCUGCGUUGGUAGAUUUGUAUGGAAAGGCAGGUUGUUUGGAGACUGCAAAAAGAGUAUUCAAUCGGAUAGAGGUUAAAGAGGUUUUCACUUGGAAUGCAAUGAUUUCUUCACUUGCCUGUCAUGGCAGGGCGAAGCAAGCUCUAUGUAUGUUUGAGACGAUGAAAGUGCAAGGAUUUUGCCCCAACGAGGUUACCUUUGUUGCUAUUCUUAUUGCUUGUGCUCGAGCUAAACUUGUUGACUUGGGUUUGAAGUUGUUUCCGUCAGUGUCAAGUCCAUAUGGGGUUGUACCAAUAAUGGAGUAUUAUGGCUCUGUUGUUGAUCUCUUGGGCAGAGCAGGCCUUCUGAGAGAUGCAGUUGAGUUUGUACUUUGCAUGCCCUUGCUGCCUGAUGCCUUUGUUUUGGGAGCUCUUUCUGGUGCUUGUAAGAUUCAUGGGGACGUUCAGUUGGGAAAUGAGAGAACAAAUAGUCAGAAAGAGAUAAAGAAUUGCAUAGAGAAGCUCAUAGCGUACAGAGUGGAGUUUGCUGGGGCUCUUUCUUGCCCGCGUUUGGUGUGAAUGUAACCAAAGUUAGGCCAUGGCGGCAAUGGAGGAGCUGAGGACUGGACGGAGGAGCAUGAACAGCAACAACACUGGUGCAUCGGAACAGGGUAGUGGGGCUCCUCAAGGUACUUCCUUUUCUUCUUGGAUCUUGACCAGAUUUUGAGCUUCUUCACA